UAAUGUAUUGUGCUGAAUAUGCACUUGACAAAAAAAAGAAACGUAGAAUGCAGAUUAAAUCUAAUCAAGAACUGGUUUCUAAAAUAAUACAAAAAAAAAGUAAAUGUGAACAUCAGUGAUAAGGAGGGAAAAACUGCUUUGAUGUAUGCUGCUAUAUACAAUAGAGAUUAUUUAGUUAAUGGAUUAUUAGAGGCUGGUGCUGAUGUCAGUAAAAAUGAUAAUGAAGGCAGAACUGCUUUGAUGUAUGCUGCUCAACAAGAUAGCAAGACUAUACUUACCUCAUUGAUUAAGGCUGGUGCUGAUGUCAAUAAAACUGACAAGGAAGGCAGAACUGCUUUGAUGUAUGCUGCUCAACGAGAUAGCAAGACUAUACUUACCUCGUUGAUUAAGGCUGGUGCUGAAAUCAAUAAAACUGACAAGGAAGGCAGAACUGCUUUGAUGUAUGCUGCUAAACAAGAUAGAAAUUCUAUACUUAUCUUGUUGAUAAAGGCUGGUGCUGAUGUGAACAUUGCUGAUGUCCAGGGUAUGACUGCUCUGUUGUUUUCUGUAAAAAGUAACAGGCCCAGUUUAGUUGAUGAAUUGGUUAACGCUGGUGCUGAUGUCAAUAAAACUGACAAUGAAGGCAGAACUCCAUUUAGGCAUGCUCUUCAAUUUAACAAGGCUGAAUUAUUUACUACAUUACUCAAGGCUGUCGGUGAUGUCAAUGAAACUGAUGAUGGAGGCAAAUCAUUGUUGAUGCAUGCUGUUUUAUUCAACAGAGCUGAGUCAGUUACUGAUUUAUUAAAGGCUGGUGCUGAUGUGAAUAAAACUGAUAAUGAAGGCAGGACUGCUUUGAUGUAUGCUGCUCAACGAGAAAACAAGCAGUUGGCAUGGGGUUUUUAUGAAGAGCCUUUUGGUAACAAGACUGUACUUAUUUUGUUGAUUAAAGCAGGUGCUGAUGUGAACAUUGCUGAUGUCCAGGGUAUGACUUCUCUGAUGUUUGCUGUAAAAAGUAACAGACCCAGUUUAGUUGAUGAAUUGGUUAACGCUGGUGCUGAUGUCAAUAAAUCUGACAAUGUAGGCAAAACAGUGUUGAUGUAUGCUGCUGAAUUCAAUAACCGUUAUUAUUGGCAUAAUUAUAAUGAGAACGUAAAUAUACUCCAAAUUUUGAUUGAUGCUGGUGCUGAUGUCAGCAUGGCUGAUAAUAAGGGCAAGACUGCUUUAGACUAUUCUCUUGGACAUAGCCAUGUGGCAUGUACAUUGAUUGAUGCCGGUGCUAAUGUAAAAGUUAUUAACAGACAUGCCCAAACUGCACUGUUAAUGUAUUCUUCAAGUAUUGGGAAUCAAAGUGUCAUUCAAGAAAUAAUCAAUGCGGGCAUUGAUAUUAAUGUCAAGGAUGAUCAGGGAAAUACAGCCUUGAUGCACGCUUUGGUGUGCAACUUUAAAAGUAUUGCUUGUGCAUUACUUGAUGCUGGUGCUGAUUAUAACAUCAUUUAUAGGGAUGGUAAAUCUGCAUUGUUCUAUGCUGCUGUCAGUGGUAAUGAAAGUGUUGUCCAGAGAUUGAUCAAAGCUGGUGUUGACAUGAACAUCACUGAUAAUAAGGGUAUGACUGCUCUGAUGUAUGCCAUUGAACAUAAAGAAGAGAGUAUUGCUUGUGCAUUACUUGAUGCUGGUGCUGAUCAUAACAUCAUUUAUAGGGAUGGUAAAUCUGCAUUGUCCUAUGCUGCUAUCAAUGGUAAUGAAAGUGUUGUCCAGAGAUUGAUCAAAGCUGGUGCUGACAUGAACAUCAYUGAUAAUMAGGGUAUGACUGCUCUGAUGUAUGCCAUUGAACAUAAAGAAGAGAGUAUUGCUUGUGCAUUACUUGAUGCUGGUGCUGAUCAUAACAUCAUUUAUAGGGAUGGUAAAUCUGCAUUGUCCUAUGCUGCUAUCAAUGGUAAUGAAAGUGUUGUCCAGAGAUUGAUCAAAGCUGGUGCUGACAUGAACAUCACUGAUAAUCAGGGUAUGACUGCUCUGAUUCAUGCUGUAGAAAAUGGUAGAGUAAACGUUUUUACUGAAUUAAUAGAUGCUGGUGCUGAUACCAAUAUAGCUGAUAAUAAAGGAAAUACUGCUCUGAUACACUUUGCUAAUAGUCACAAGAAAGGGAGUUCAAGUUGGACAGUGAUUGGCAUCAUCCAGGGUUAUUUUGAUGGUCCUGAGAAGGAUGAUAUCACAGACAAAAAAAUCAUUUCCAAGUUGAUUGAUGGCAACACUGACCUGAAUGCAACAAAUGAUGAAGGUAAAACUGCUUUGAUGUAUGCCAUCAAACAUAACAAGGAAAAUAUUGCUUGUGCAUUACUUAAUGCUGGUGCUGAUCAUAGCGUCAUUGAUAAUGAUGGCCAAUCUGCAUUGCUCAUUGCUGUAAUUGUUGGUAAUCAAAGUGUUGUCCAGAGACUGAUCAAGGCUGGUGCUGACAUGAACAUUACUAAUAAUCAGGGUAGGACUGCUCUAAUGUGUGCUGUAUUGUAUGGUAAAAAUAAAUUACCAGUAGUUGUUGAAUUAAUUAAGGCUGGUGUGGAUGCCAAUGCAACUGACAACAAAGGAAAGACUGUACUAAUCUAUUGUACUCAAGAUAGUGAUAGUGAUAGUGAUAGUGAUGCAGAGAAAAUUGCUAUCAAGUUGAUUGAAACUGGUGCAGAUGUUAAUAUAAUUGAUCACAAGGGUAAAACUGCUUUAAUGUAUGCUGUGGAAAAUGACAAUGAAAAUUUAGCCUGUGCAUUAAUUGACACUGGCGUAAAUAUCAAUAUCAUUGAUAAACAAGGGAAAUCUGCUUUGAGUUAUUGUGUUCAAACGAGAAAGAUUGGCCAUGGAAAAUGUUUUUACAUAUUUGAUGUUUCUGAGAGUAUUGCAUGUAAGUUGAUCAAGGCUGGUGCUGAUGUAAACAUUACUGAUGAUGAGGGGAAAACUCUUCUAAUUUAUGCUGUUCAAUUCAACAAGAAAAACUUAGCAAGUGCAUUAAUUGAAGCCAGAGCUGAUUUCAAUAUAUCUGAUAAGAAUGGCAAAACUGCUUUGAUUUAUUCUCUUCAAAGCCAACAUAACAAUCAGGAAAGUUUGGCUCUUAUAAAAGCUGGUGCUGAUGUUAACAUCAGUGACCAUGAAGGUCACACAGCCCUGUUCUAUGGUCUAGCCCAUGAAGAUGUCAUACGUGCAUUGAUUGAGGAUGGAAAUGCAACUAUAAAUAAGAGAGAUGGGUAUGGCAGGUCUGUGCUGUUUUAUAUCUUCACUGAGUCGACAUUGGAUUCAACUCAUUAUCUUCUUGAAAAAGGAGGCAAUCUGAAUUUGAAAGACAACUGCAACAUGAACAUCAUUUCCUUUUGGGUUGAAAACAUAUUGGCAAGAAAAGAAGAAUGUUUUUCAGUUCACUUCCAAAAGCUAAAUACCUUGCUUGAAGUACAACCUAAUAAAAUAUUUGAAGCAAUUAUUAAUUCAGUGUUUUGCAAGAUCUUUCAUCUAGCACAAAUGCAAAAAAGAAAAGGAAGAAGAAGACUAAAACAUAUUUUUGAUGCAAGCAAAAUUAUUGCCGCAAUGCAGUCAUCUAAAAAGUACAUUGCAGAACAAGCUGCCACAGAGAGAAAUAAAAUUUUAAAAGUCAUAAAGUUUUUGAAAGGAGACAGGUAUCUGUAUACAAAUCUUCUGGAAAUUGCUGACUUUCUAGUUGAAUUGGGUGCCAACCCCCAUUAUGCAGAUUCAGAUGGAAAUACAGCACUUCACUAUGCUACCUGCCUGCCUCUAGUUGGACCACAUGAAAUGACUCUUGUAAUGACAAUGUGCCACAAACUGGAAGAUCUGGGAGUAUCAUUCAAUGCAAAAAACCACAAAAAUGAAACUCCUCUUUUGUUUUGUUUGUCUAAGAAAGAGUGGAUAAAAACCAGUAAAAGCAGCUCCAAAGUUAAAACCUUGGUUGAAGUCUGUAAG